ACCGCCCUCUCAUAAUGCAGCAUGGGCUAAAAUACCAGCAGACCGAGAAGCAGCAUCUGCCCAACGGACUUCUCCCUUCUCAAAGAUUUUGACCGUUACAAAGUGAUGUUCCAACAAUGCCGAUUGUGGACAAACUCAAGGAGGCGCUAAAGCCCAGUCGAAAGGAGUCAGGCGAUGACGGCGACCUGAACAAGCUGCUGGCCUCCUCGGCCAAGAAGGUCCUCUUGCAGAAGAUCGAGUUUGAGCCCGCCACCAAGGGUUUCUCCUAUCAGCUGGACAGCUUGAAAAACAAGUACGUGAUCCUCAAUCCCAGGAAUGAAAGUUCCCCCGGGCAGAAGGUGGGCGAGUCCGCCCAAAUCAAGAGGCAAGUUUCAGAGAAUACAGUCGGGGGCCAAGGCGAUGGCAUUGCCGCGCCGCAGAAGAUGCUCUUCCCGGCGAACAAGUUGACCCUCAAAUGGGAGCGGGUGUACAGGGUGGGGGCCGGCCUCCAUAACCUGGGCAACACCUGCUUCCUCAACUCCACCGUGCAGUGUCUCACCUACACGCCGCCGCUCGCCAACUAUUUGCUCUCCAAGGAGCACAGCCGCGUCUGCCACCAGUCGGGCUUCUGUAUGAUCUGCGUCAUGCAGAACCACAUCAUCCAGACAUUUGCCAACACGGGCAACGCCAUCAAGCCCGUGUCCUUCAUCAGAGACCUGAAAAAGAUCGCCCGACAUUUCCGCUUCGGUAGCCAGGAGGAUGCGCACGAGUUCUUGCGGUACACCAUCGACGCCAUGCAGAAAGCCUGUCUCAACGGCUACCCAAAACUCGACAGACAGACACAAGCCACAACACUGGUGCACCAGAUUUUCGGAGGUUACCUGCGCUCAAGAGUAAAAUGUUCCAUUUGUAAAAGUGUGUCAGACACCUACGACCCUUACCUGGACAUUGCUGUGGAGAUUCGGCAAGCUGUCAACAUCGUGCGAGCCUUGGAGCUUUUUGUCAAACCGGAUGUUUUGAGUGGCGACAAUGCUUACAUGUGUGCCAAGUGCAAAAAGAAAGUGCCAGCAACAAAGCGCUUCACCGUCCAUCGAACGUCAAAUGUGCUGACUCUUUCGCUCAAGAGAUUUGCCAACUUCAGCGGAGGCAAAAUAACAAAGGAUGUUGGCUAUCCAGAGUUUCUCAACAUCCGUCCCUACAUGUCUCAGAGCUCAGGCGAUCCCGUCAUGUAUGGCCUCUACGCCGUCCUGGUUCACUCUGGCUACAGCUGCCACGCCGGACACUACUACUGCUACGUUAAGGCGAGCAACGGACAAUGGUACCAAAUGAACGACUCCAUGGUCCACUCCAGCAACAUCAAAGUGGUCUUGAACCAGCAGGCCUACGUGCUUUUUUAUCUGAGAAUCCCAGAAACAAAGAAGAAUGCAGAUGGACAGUCGGGCAAACAGGGAAUGCUGCAUACUGCGAAGAACAGCGCCUCAUCAGAGCAAAUUAAGAGGCUCAAUCUGAAUGGACCUCUUUCUUCCCCGCAGAUCACAAAGAAACUGGAGCCAGCGCAACUGCGUAAGAUCCAGUCCAUGGAUGGCGGUUUGGGCCUACCGGUGGCCAGAAACGGCGUUAGCACUCAGCCGCAGCCCCGCCUCUCCGGCUGGACCUCAUCCUCCUCCAACGGCGCCGCCAAGCUGCCUGGCGGGCCCGCGGUUAUCGAGGAGCCCUUCAAGAAGCUGAAGAAGCCCUCUCCUCAGAGCCAGUUGCGCUGCAGCACGCCGACGCCGUCCAGCAACGGCAACAACAACGGCGUCUGCAGGACCGAUGGAGACAAAAAGCAAGAUGGCGGCAGAGGCCUCACUGCGUCUACCUCAUUCAAGUCUCUGUCCGACUCCUCCUCUGCCGACACCACAGAGUCAAAGGACAUGGCAGGUCCUAAGAGUGCGCCAGCGGGAGGCGCUCCCUCCACCCCUCGAAAAGCAUCCGGCGCCACAGCAUCCCCCGCCAAGAGCGUGGAGCGCUCCCACAGCGCAGAGGAGCAGAAGACGGCCAAAAUGAAACCCCCGGCUCUCAACAACAUCACAGCGGAAGCCACCGGCAGCACCAUGUCCCCGCCUCCCGCCAAGAAGCUGGCGCUGUCGGCCAAGAAGGCUCACAGCCGGAGUCCGAGCAGCACUGAUUCUCCACGACGACUGUCUGGCGACUCCCUUCAUGUAAAUCACCAUAACCACCUUGCCGCGACGCUUGAUACUCACAGAGCUUCAUCCCGUUCCCCCAAAAAACACGCAUCACCUUUGAAACGUUCCCCUGUCGUCACGCCGCUCCCACCGCACGCCAGCCCAUCUCUGAACGGCUUCCACCUUCCUGCGCAAAAGAGCCCCAAGUCCUCCCACCAGAACCAAGAAGAACCAAACCGCCCCCCGACUCAAAACGUCAACCAAAAGAAAAAGAGGAGAAAGAAGCGGCGCCACUCCGAGGUGGAAGUCAACGCGGAAGCUGUUGCGGAGGUGCCGUCAAACCCCGUCGGUGAAAAGAAGAAGAAAAAGAAGCGAAAAAGAGACCAAGAAGACGGCGAGAAGACAGCGGUGAGAGAAAGUCUCCCGUCCCAUCUGGAUCCAGCCAAGCCGGAAGAGGAGGAUUGGUGCCAGGGCGGCAUGUGGAGUCUCUCCAGUCGUCAAGAAGCUGAGGAGCCAAAAGAGAAGCGAGACUCCGCCGCAGAAACGGCGUGUCAGACCAACGGGAAAGACCAUGAGGUGGACUGCGUGCUGUUAAAGAAGAAGAAAAAGAAGAGGAAGAAAAAGAAAAUUCUGCUGGAGGCUCCGCAGCACACAAAUUCAUCAGAAAGCCGUUCCAAGGCCAAUCCGAACAAUGAAAAGGUCCUCAGUACAAAAGUCAAAAAGAAGAAAAGGAAGCUGAAAGAAGUGAGUCAACCUUGCCCGGAGGCGCAAAAUGGAGACGCUGCGGAGCCCCCGCCCAAAAAGAAUGCGACGGCAGGUGAAAAGACGCGCAAGCUCAGCACAGCCACAGUGCUGGUUUGGGACAGCCAGGUGAAAGACGGCUAUAAGUGGCGGCCGCCGGCGAGUGGCGUGUCGGGAGAAAGCCCGGCCCGCACCGUCGCCAGUGCCGGCGUGUCCUGGGAUGGCAAAAGGAGCAGCGACGUAGUGGAGGAGCUGAUGCGGAACGCCUCGGACAAAGCCUACGGCGCUUGCGUCCUCAGUUGGGACGGCGAGGUUUCCGCUAUCAGUCGAGACGCCAUCCAAGAUGCUCGCCUGGCCAAGAGCGACACGGUGAUCGACGAGUGGGAUGAAGACUUUGACACUGGCAAGGUGAAAAAGACAAAAAGCUGGAAGAGAGAAAAGUGGCGAGGCGGUGGCGGCGGCAGCAUCUUCCAGCAGAUCCAGGACCGCCGCAACAAGUGGUCCGUGAAGCCCGGCGGGAGGCGAGCCUUCCCUGGAUGUCGCUGACAACUUUUGGACUGGAAAUGGAGACAUCAAAAGAAAAAAAAUCCCCCCCCCCCUUUUUUUUUUGUUCUCAAUUCUGAAUAAUGAGCCAAUUACCAAAAAUAAUACUGGACCUCCAUUUUGUAUCAUCAGCCUCAGUUUUUUUUCCCUGGGCCAUUGGAUCUCUUUCUAUGAAAUAGAAUUAAGUUAAUUUCUCCAUAUAUUUUAGUUUUCCGAAUGUUCUGAUUUUAUACCUUUUAUCAGCAGGUGUGUUAUGUUGCUGUGUUGAGUGGCUAGUUUUUCCCCCACUGUAUUUAUUUUAUUUUUUUAAUUCAUUUCCACAAUUUAUGGAGCACCAAAAUGACUGGACGACAUGUGUAGGCCAUAAUGUCAUAUUUUCUUCUCAUGGUUUUUUAUUAUACACAAUUUGAUAUUCAAUCUAAUGAUAAAAUUCACUGUUGCGCUCAAGAGUAUUUGCAAUGGCGGCGAGGGGGCGUUUCUCAACUCACAGUUUAACAUUGCGUUUGAUCUUCCCCUCAUGUCAGUUGAAGUAAUUUAUUCAUAUACCUCUAUGCAAUUGUUUUCGUCGCUCCCGGUCACCUCCACAAAAUGGGCGGAGACUCAGGAAGCCAUCACAUAUGUACUGUAUUCCAUCGCCAUAUGACCCAACUGUUUUGUAUAUGUGGUGGGGGAAGUUGGACGUCAUCUUGCGCCAGACCAUUAACUUAAGACACGCACUGUACAAAUACCACAAAAGAUUAGUUUACAACAAAUGGUUCGGGGUCACGACCCCUCCCUCCUGCACCAACGUCAUGACACAAAAUGCAUUGUAUACAGUCCUCCCAUGCUGUAAAGAUUUGCCCCUUCUUUCCAGUCUAGAGAUUCUGCCUUGAAUUUGCCAUAUAUAGUUAUAAAUAUAUUGAGAAGACAUCUUUAAUCGAGCAGUCGGUGGGUGUUUUACCUGCACACUCGUUUUGUCAAGGCCGCCGAAAUGAACCUUCCACACUUGCGUUUGCACCACGUUUGAA